AGGACAUCGACAUCGGGCAUGUGCUACUGGAGGCGCGCACGCGAUGGCUCAAGCCCGUCGAGGUGUGCAACAUCCUGCAGAACUUCCGCAAGUACGAGUUCCAGCUCAACCAGGAACCGCCCGCCAAGCCGCCAAGCGGGUCGCUGUUCCUGUUCGAUCGGAAGGUGGUGCGAUACUUCCGCCGCGACGGACACGUGUGGCGCAAAAAGAAGGACGGCAAGACCGUUCGCGAGGCGCACGAGAAACUCAAGGCGGGGAGCGUGGACAUUCUGCACUGCUACUACGCGCACGCGGAGAGCGACGACCGCUUCCAGCGCCGCUGCUACUGGCUGCUCGACGGGGAGAACGAGAACAUUGUUCUGGUGCAUUACCGUGAAGUGGCUCAGGGCACGGGGCGGGCGCAGCAGUCUCCUAGGCACAGCACAGUGGACUCCAUGCCAAUCUAUGCCGCCCAGGGCCCCGACAUGAGCGUCGACGACCUCUCCGCGUCCGUGGGCGGCGGGGUGAGCGGUAUGGGCGGCGGCGGAGCUCGCAGCGGGGGCAUGGCGCUAAUGGGCGGGGGAAGCAGCGCAGCUGGCGCGGGUAUAGGCAGCGCCAGCGCCGCUGGUGGCGGUGCUGGUGGCGUUGGGGGUGUUGGGGGUGUGGGUGGGAUGGGCAUGCAUACCCCCUCCACCAGUCGCUCUGGCAGCGGCCGCAUGAUAGGGCUUCCCUACUCUUCCAGUUCCGCCUCUGUGGGCGGAGCUGCUGGGGGCGGGGCGGGCGGCGGCGGAGCUGGCAUGGGGGCGGGCGGAAGGGGCGGGGGCGCGUUUUCCAUGGAUAUUCCCGCGUCCCCCAGCCACGGGAACGAGUACUGCUCGUCGAACGCAGGCGGGAACGAGUCCGGGGCGUUCGUGGGCGGGGGGAGGCGCGGGGAGGAGGGCGAGGAGGAUGAGUAUGAGAGCGGUUCCGAGCGGUUUGGUGAGGAGGGGGAUUCGGCUCUGAACUGGACGCAGCUGGAUAUGCAAGCCGACUCAAAGCAGCAGGUGGCGGGGGGGAUGACGGAUUUCAUGGGGGCCUGUCGUCGCACGGAAGCCUGGGUGUCCCGGGGCCGGCUGAUCCCCUCUUGCAGCAGGUGGGUCUCAUUUCCCCUCUCCUCUCCCUCUCCCCAUUCUUCCCUCCCCGUGCACACACCCCCCUUCUCCCUGCGCUCACCUCCCGUCUCUCCCGUUCCCUCUCAUACCCAUUGUUCAGAACAACCAACAGCAGCAGCUCUUGAGGCUGCUGGAGCAGCAUCAGUUUUGAGACGCCUCAGAACAAACAACCAGCAGCAGCAGCUCUCGAGGCUGCUGGAGCAGCACCAGCAGCAGCAACAGCAGCAGCAUCAGCAGCAGCAGCGGGACAUGCAGUCGCUCCUGCGAGACACAGUGGUGCUGGACGAGCUCAUCAAGGCGUCGGGCCUCGCAGUGGUGCUGGACGAGCUCAUCAAGGCGUCGGGCCUCGCAGUGGUGCUGGACGAGCUCAUCAAGGCGUCGGGCCUCGCAGUGGUGCUGGACGAGCUCAUCAAGGCGUCGGGCCUCGCAGUGGUGCUGGACGAGCUCAUCAAGGCGUCGGGCCUCGCAGUGGUGCUGGACGAGCUCAUCAAGGCGUCGGGCCUCGCAGUGGUGCUGGACGAGCUCAUCAAGGCGUCGGGCCUCGCAGUGGUGCUGGACGAGCUCAUCAAGGCGUCGGGCCUCGCAGUGGUGCUGGACGAGCUCAUCAAGGCGUCGGGCCUCGCAGUGGUGCUGGACGAGCUCAUCAAGGCGUCGGGCCUCGCAGUGGUGCUGGACGAGCUCAUCAAGGCGUCGGGCCUCGCAGUGGUGCUGGACGAGCUCAUCAAGGCGUCGGGCCUCGCAGUGGUGCUGGACGAGCUCAUCAAGGCGUCGGGCCUCGCAGUGGUGCUGGACGAGCUCAUCAAGGCGUCGGGCCUCGCAGUGGUGCUGGACGAGCUCAUCAAGGCGUCGGGCCUCGCAGUGGUGCUGGACGAGCUCAUCAAGGCGUCGGGCCUCGCAGUGGUGCUGGACGAGCUCAUCAAGGCGUCGGGCCUCGCAGUGGUGCUGGACGAGCUCAUCAAGGCGUCGGGCCUCGCAGUGGUGCUGGACGAGCUCAUCAAGGCGUCGGGCCUCGCAGUGGUGCUGGACGAGCUCAUCAAGGCGUCGGGCCUCGCAGUGGUGCUGGACGAGCUCAUCAAGGCGUCGGGCCUCGCAGUGGUGCUGGACGAGCUCAUCAAGGCGUCGGGCCUCGCAGUGGUGCUGGACGAGCUCAUCAAGGCGUCGGGCCUCGCAGUGGUGCUGGACGAGCUCAUCAAGGCGUCGGGCCUCGCAGUGGUGCUGGACGAGCUCAUCAAGGCGUCGGGCCUCGCAGUGGUGCUGGACGAGCUCAUCAAGGCGUCGGGCCUCGCAGUGGUGCUGGACGAGCUCAUCAAGGCGUCGGGCCUCGCAGUGGUGCUGGACGAGCUCAUCAAGGCGUCGGGCCUCGCAGUGGUGCUGGACGAGCUCAUCAAGGCGUCGGGCCUCGCAGUGGUGCUGGACGAGCUCAUCAAGGCGUCGGGCCUCGCAGUGGUGCUGGACGAGCUCAUCAAGGCGUCGGGCCUCGCAGUGGUGCUGGACGAGCUCAUCAAGGCGUCGGGCCUCGCAGUGGUGCUGGACGAGCUCAUCAAGGCGUCGGGCCUCGCAGUGGUGCUGGACGAGCUCAUCAAGGCGUCGGGCCUCGCAGUGGUGCUGGACGAGCUCAUCAAGGCGUCGGGCCUCGCAGUGGUGCUGGACGAGCUCAUCAAGGCGUCGGGCCUCGCAGUGGUGCUGGACGAGCUCAUCAAGGCGUCGGGCCUCGCAGUGGUGCUGGACGAGCUCAUCAAGGCGUCGGGCCUCGCAGUGGUGCUGGACGAGCUCAUCAAGGCGUCGGGCCUCGCAGUGGUGCUGGACGAGCUCAUCAAGGCGUCGGGCCUCGCAGUGGUGCUGGACGAGCUCAUCAAGGCGUCGGGCCUCGCAGUGGUGCUGGACGAGCUCAUCAAGGCGUCGGGCCUCGCAGUGGUGCUGGACGAGCUCAUCAAGGCGUCGGGCCUCGCAGUGGUGCUGGACGAGCUCAUCAAGGCGUCGGGCCUCGCAGUGGUGCUGGACGAGCUCAUCAAGGCGUCGGGCCUCGCAGUGGUGCUGGACGAGCUCAUCAAGGCGUCGGGCCUCGCAGUGGUGCUGGACGAGCUCAUCAAGGCGUCGGGCCUCGCAGUGGUGCUGGACGAGCUCAUCAAGGCGUCGGGCCUCGCAGUGGUGCUGGACGAGCUCAUCAAGGCGUCGGGCCUCGCAGUGGUGCUGGACGAGCUCAUCAAGGCGUCGGGCCUCGCAGUGGUGCUGGACGAGCUCAUCAAGGCGUCGGGCCUCGCAGUGGUGCUGGACGAGCUCAUCAAGGCGUCGGGCCUCGCAGUGGUGCUGGACGAGCUCAUCAAGGCGUCGGGCCUCGCAGUGGUGCUGGACGAGCUCAUCAAGGCGUCGGGCCUCGCAGUGGUGCUGGACGAGCUCAUCAAGGCGUCGGGCCUCGCAGUGGUGCUGGACGAGCUCAUCAAGGCGUCGGGCCUCGCAGUGGUGCUGGACGAGCUCAUCAAGGCGUCGGGCCUCGCAGUGGUGCUGGACGAGCUCAUCAAGGCGUCGGGCCUCGCAGUGGUGCUGGACGAGCUCAUCAAGGCGUCGGGCCUCGCAGUGGUGCUGGACGAGCUCAUCAAGGCGUCGGGCCUCGCAGUGGUGCUGGACGAGCUCAUCAAGGCGUCGGGCCUCGCAGUGGUGCUGGACGAGCUCAUCAAGGCGUCGGGCCUCGCAGUGGUGCUGGACGAGCUCAUCAAGGCGUCGGGCCUCGCAGUGGUGCUGGACGAGCUCAUCAAGGCGUCGGGCCUCGCAGUGGUGCUGGACGAGCUCAUCAAGGCGUCGGGCCUCGCAGUGGUGCUGGACGAGCUCAUCAAGGCGUCGGGCCUCGCAGUGGUGCUGGACGAGCUCAUCAAGGCGUCGGGCCUCGCAGUGGUGCUGGACGAGCUCAUCAAGGCGUCGGGCCUCGCAGUGGUGCUGGACGAGCUCAUCAAGGCGUCGGGCCUCGCAGUGGUGCUGGACGAGCUCAUCAAGGCGUCGGGCCUCGCAGUGGUGCUGGACGAGCUCAUCAAGGCGUCGGGCCUCGCAGUGGUGCUGGACGAGCUCAUCAAGGCGUCGGGCCUCGCAGUGGUGCUGGACGAGCUCAUCAAGGCGUCGGGCCUCGCAGUGGUGCUGGACGAGCUCAUCAAGGCGUCGGGCCUCGCAGUGGUGCUGGACGAGCUCAUCAAGGCGUCGGGCCUCGCAGUGGUGCUGGACGAGCUCAUCAAGGCGUCGGGCCUCGCAGUGGUGCUGGACGAGCUCAUCAAGGCGUCGGGCCUCGCAGUGGUGCUGGACGAGCUCAUCAAGGCGUCGGGCCUCGCAGUGGUGCUGGACGAGCUCAUCAAGGCGUCGGGCCUCGCAGUGGUGCUGGACGAGCUCAUCAAGGCGUCGGGCCUCGCAGUGGUGCUGGACGAGCUCAUCAAGGCGUCGGGCCUCGCAGUGGUGCUGGACGAGCUCAUCAAGGCGUCGGGCCUCGCAGUGGUGCUGGACGAGCUCAUCAAGGCGUCGGGCCUCGCAGUGGUGCUGGACGAGCUCAUCAAGGCGUCGGGCCUCGCAGUGGUGCUGGACGAGCUCAUCAAGGCGUCGGGCCUCGCAGUGGUGCUGGACGAGCUCAUCAAGGCGUCGGGCCUCGCAGUGGUGCUGGACGAGCUCAUCAAGGCGUCGGGCCUCGCAGUGGUGCUGGACGAGCUCAUCAAGGCGUCGGGCCUCGCAGUGGUGCUGGACGAGCUCAUCAAGGCGUCGGGCCUCGCAGUGGUGCUGGACGAGCUCAUCAAGGCGUCGGGCCUCGCAGUGGUGCUGGACGAGCUCAUCAAGGCGUCGGGCCUCGCAGUGGUGCUGGACGAGCUCAUCAAGGCGUCGGGCCUCGCAGUGGUGCUGGACGAGCUCAUCAAGGCGUCGGGCCUCGCAGUGGUGCUGGACGAGCUCAUCAAGGCGUCGGGCCUCGCAGUGGUGCUGGACGAGCUCAUCAAGGCGUCGGGCCUCGCAGUGGUGCUGGACGAGCUCAUCAAGGCGUCGGGCCUCGCAGUGGUGCUGGACGAGCUCAUCAAGGCGUCGGGCCUCGCAGUGGUGCUGGACGAGCUCAUCAAGGCGUCGGGCCUCGCAGUGGUGCUGGACGAGCUCAUCAAGGCGUCGGGCCUCGCAGUGGUGCUGGACGAGCUCAUCAAGGCGUCGGGCCUCGCAGUGGUGCUGGACGAGCUCAUCAAGGCGUCGGGCCUCGCAGUGGUGCUGGACGAGCUCAUCAAGGCGUCGGGCCUCGCAGUGGUGCUGGACGAGCUCAUCAAGGCGUCGGGCCUCGCAGUGGUGCUGGACGAGCUCAUCAAGGCGUCGGGCCUCGCAGUGGUGCUGGACGAGCUCAUCAAGGCGUCGGGCCUCGCAGUGGUGCUGGACGAGCUCAUCAAGGCGUCGGGCCUCGCAGUGGUGCUGGACGAGCUCAUCAAGGCGUCGGGCCUCGCAGUGGUGCUGGACGAGCUCAUCAAGGCGUCGGGCCUCGCAGUGGUGCUGGACGAGCUCAUCAAGGCGUCGGGCCUCGCAGUGGUGCUGGACGAGCUCAUCAAGGCGUCGGGCCUCGCAGUGGUGCUGGACGAGCUCAUCAAGGCGUCGGGCCUCGCAGUGGUGCUGGACGAGCUCAUCAAGGCGUCGGGCCUCGCAGUGGUGCUGGACGAGCUCAUCAAGGCGUCGGGCCUCGCAGUGGUGCUGGACGAGCUCAUCAAGGCGUCGGGCCUCGCAGUGGUGCUGGACGAGCUCAUCAAGGCGUCGGGCCUCGCAGUGGUGCUGGACGAGCUCAUCAAGGCGUCGGGCCUCGCAGUGGUGCUGGACGAGCUCAUCAAGGCGUCGGGCCUCGCAGUGGUGCUGGACGAGCUCAUCAAGGCGUCGGGCCUCGCAGUGGUGCUGGACGAGCUCAUCAAGGCGUCGGGCCUCGCAGUGGUGCUGGACGAGCUCAUCAAGGCGUCGGGCCUCGCAGUGGUGCUGGACGAGCUCAUCAAGGCGUCGGGCCUCGCAGUGGUGCUGGACGAGCUCAUCAAGGCGUCGGGCCUCGCAGUGGUGCUGGACGAGCUCAUCAAGGCGUCGGGCCUCGCAGUGGUGCUGGACGAGCUCAUCAAGGCGUCGGGCCUCGCAGUGGUGCUGGACGAGCUCAUCAAGGCGUCGGGCCUCGCAGUGGUGCUGGACGAGCUCAUCAAGGCGUCGGGCCUCGCAGUGGUGCUGGACGAGCUCAUCAAGGCGUCGGGCCUCGCAGUGGUGCUGGACGAGCUCAUCAAGGCGUCGGGCCUCGCAGUGGUGCUGGACGAGCUCAUCAAGGCGUCGGGCCUCGCAGUGGUGCUGGACGAGCUCAUCAAGGCGUCGGGCCUCGCAGUGGUGCUGGACGAGCUCAUCAAGGCGUCGGGCCUCGCAGUGGUGCUGGACGAGCUCAUCAAGGCGUCGGGCCUCGCAGUGGUGCUGGACGAGCUCAUCAAGGCGUCGGGCCUCGCAGUGGUGCUGGACGAGCUCAUCAAGGCGUCGGGCCUCGCAGUGGUGCUGGACGAGCUCAUCAAGGCGUCGGGCCUCGCAGUGGUGCUGGACGAGCUCAUCAAGGCGUCGGGCCUCGCAGUGGUGCUGGACGAGCUCAUCAAGGCGUCGGGCCUCGCAGUGGUGCUGGACGAGCUCAUCAAGGCGUCGGGCCUCGCAGUGGUGCUGGACGAGCUCAUCAAGGCGUCGGGCCUCGCAGUGGUGCUGGACGAGCUCAUCAAGGCGUCGGGCCUCGCAGUGGUGCUGGACGAGCUCAUCAAGGCGUCGGGCCUCGCAGUGGUGCUGGACGAGCUCAUCAAGGCGUCGGGCCUCGCAGUGGUGCUGGACGAGCUCAUCAAGGCGUCGGGCCUCGCAGGUACUGCUGCUGCUGCUACUGCUGCUGCGGUGCGCUUCACCUUUUCCCUUCCCUCUCCCCAAUUCCUCCCUCUCCUCCCCUGUCAUUCUCUUCCCCAACCGGCCCUCCCCAUUCCCACCCACCAGUCAUCCCUCCUCCUUCAGACCCUCCCUCUCAACGAGGCAGGGAGAGAAGCAGCCUUCAGCGGAGGCGGCGCCUCCGGCUCCCCCCGAGCCAUCGCUGCCGCCACCGCCGCCGCAGCUGCCGCCAUAGCUGCCGCCGCAGCUCCGGCCGUACCUCCCGAGAGCUGGCUCGGCGCGUACCCGCCGGAGCUCCGAAGCUCGGGAGGCUCGGGGCGGCCGGGGUUCUCGAAUAUGUUUGAUGAGAUGCAGACGGACGGGGCUAACAGGAGCCUGUCUGGGUUCCCCCUGCCGCCCAGUGGCAGCAGCAUGCCUAAGAGUGGGAGCAUCCCUCAGAGCGGCAGCAUGCCUAACGAACCUGCAAUGUUUCGGAAGCUGGACAGCUUUGGAGAGUGGAUCGAGGAGGUUUAUAAAGGGGAUGGUGGUGCUGGAGGCGGUGGGGGAGCAGGCGGGGAUGGGGCGGGGGUGGGAGAGGACGCGGUUAUGGGGGGUGGUACCUUUCCUCUCUCUGCAUCUGGAGCUGGUGGUGGCAGUGACGCGUUUGACGUUAGAAUCCAAGCCAUGCGGCGAUCUGCCCCAACGCCCUCCCCUCUCUCCUCCCCCGAGCCGUUCCCCUCCUCCCCCACCUCUUCCGGUAUGGUCUCCCCCUCGUUUGGAGGCGCUGAGACGGGGCUGGAAAGGCAGGAGGUGAGUUUCAAGCUGGGGGUGAAGGAGGAGGCGGGAGGGGACGGGGAGGAGGAGCAUGGUGUAGGUCUAGGAGGCAGCAAGUAUGACCUGUCGUUCAUGGGUGCGUCUCCCAUGCUCCCUCUGGGAAGCACCGCUCCUGCUGCUGCUGCUAGUGGUGGUGAUGGGGUGUCUGGAGUGGGGGCAGGAGGAGCAGGGGGAGGAGGAUGGGGAGGGGGAGGGAGCGUGGGGGGAGGAGGAUGGGGAGGGGGAGGGAGCGUGGGGGGAGGAGGAUGGGGAGGGGGAGGGAGCGUGGGGGGAGGAUGGGGAGGGGGAGGGAGCGUGGGGGGAGGAGCAGGAGCAGGGUUGGGGGCGAGGAGGGGGAUAGGCGGCGGGAUGCUGUCGAUGGGGGGCAUGGGGUCGGUGGCAGCAGCAGACUCGCCGCGCCCCAUGGUGACCUUCUCCAUUGCCGACUAUGCUCCCACCUCUGCUGCCACCAUGGGGGGCGUCAAGGUGCUGCUAGCAGGCUCUGUCCAUGAUCCGCGAGGGUCCCCAAGCCCCCACACGCGCUGCUCCCCCCGUGGCAGCCUUAGCGGGGGCGGGGGCAGUUUCGGUGCUGGGGGGGGUCUUGGGGGGGGCGGGCUUGGGGGGACCGGCAGCGGGAGUUUCGGCCGAGGGGACACGGUGUGGGGCGUGCGGUGGGGGGUGACGUUUGGAGAGGUGGAGGUGGAAGCUGAGCAGGUUGUGCACGGUGUACUGCGGUGCGUGGCUCCCAUUCACAAGCAGGGCCGGGUUAGCCUGCGUGUCACCUGCACCCCUGCUGCUGCUGUGACUGCUCCUGCGGGUGAGGGUGAGGGUGGUGGGACCGUGAGUGUGGACAAUGGGGGGAGUGCAGAUGCAAUGAAUCAGGACAUGGCUGUAGCAGGAGGGGGUGUGGCGGCGGGGGUUGGAGCAGCAGGAGGAGGGGUAGGAGGGGAGGGAGGCAAGGCGAUGAAGAGAGUGCCGUGUAGCCCUCCCGUUCCCUUCGACUUCCUCCCGCCUUGGCAAUCCUUCAAAAAGAGCCUGGCUCUGGAUCGAAACAGAACCAUUGGCAAGAGCAGUCUUGGUGGUGCUGCUGCUGCUGCUGCUGCUGCUGCUGGUGGGGGUGCUGAUGGGGAUGGUGGCAGGCCGAGUCUCCCCCGUUUGUUUCUCUCCGAACGCACUCUGCUCUCCCACCUCCUCUGCUUCAUCUCCCGCAUCAACCGCGCCAGCCUGGCGGACGUCAGCGCUGACUGGGCGUGGGUGGAUGAGGCGCUCGCGUCCACGUCAGCAGCAUGCCCGGAUGAAGCGGAGUGGAGGGGCAGGGUGGAUGGGAACAGGGGGGAGGACGUGGCGGGGAGGGAGGGAAUGGGGGUGGAUAGAGAGGAGGAAGAGGAUGGGGAGGAGGAUGAUGAGGAGAGAGAGAUGAGCAUGUGGGGGUAUGGGAGUGAUGAGGAGGACGCUGACGAGUAUGCUCUCAGGCUGCAAUGUCAAGGGGGGGCUGAUACAGAGAGAGGAGGAGUGGGAGGGGGAGGAGGAGGAGUGGAGGGAGGAGUGGCGGGGGUCCAGGGGAGUCCAGUGCGGUUGGAAGGCGUGCUGCUGCAGGCACUGAUGCGGAAGCAUCUGGGCCGUUGGUUGGCGCUGAACAGCGAUGCAGCGAGGGAGGCGGGCAGGAGGGGCAUGGGGCUGGGGCUGGGGCAUCUGGUGGCGGCACUGGGGUGGCCGUGGGCUGUGCCUCUGCUCAUGGCUGUGGGCAUCCCACCCACCACACGGGCAUCUCAGCAUGUGGUGGCGUUCGUUGCGGCGGGGGCCAGCGCGUCUCUCCUAGCACGAGUGGGCGGGGCGGAGCGUACAGCAGCAGACGCGGCAUCAGCAUGCGACCACACGGGCAUCGCAGCAUGUCUAGCAGAGUCGGAGGCAAUGGUGGUGGCGCUGGUGGCAGCGGGAGCCAACUCUUCUCUCCUCGCUCGAGUGGGAGGGGCCGAGCGCACAGCAGUAGACACAGCAUCCGCGUGCGGGCACACGGGCAUCGCGGCGGAAGCAAUGGUGGUGGCACUGGUGGCAGCGGGCACCAACUCCUCUCUCCUAGCUCGAGUGGGAGGGGCGGAGCGCACAGCAGCCGACACCGCAUCAUCAUGCGGGCACACGGGCAUCGCGGCGUAUCUAGCAGAGUCGUCUCUCAAUGCCUCCCUCUCCUCCAUGACCAUUCAGGACCAGCACCAGCUGGCCACCGACCCCUCUCUGCUCCAAUCCGCCGCUGCUGCCGGUCACGCAGCCGUGGCCGCUGCAGCAGCGGGUGCCAGCAAUGGUGCCAGUGCUGGUGCUGCUGCUGCUGGUGCCGCUGCAGGUGGUCUCCCAGGGGCGGCCCGUCCCGCUUCCGUCGCUGCGUCGCCGGACAUGCAAGAAACGCUGGAUGCGAUCCGAAGGACGGCACAAGCUGCAGCGUUGAUCCAGGAGCGGUUCAGGAAGCACUCAGAGCGAAGGCGCCAGCAGCAGGAGGAGGAGGAGGAGCUUCGCGAGCAGGAGAGAGCAGUGGCUGCUGCAGCAGAGGCAGCGGCAGGGCUGGGGAUUGGUGGGGAUGAUGAGUUGGAUGAGGAGGAGGCGAGAAUGCUGGUUGCGGCGCGGAAGAUUCAGAACGCGUUCCGAGGGCACAAGACCUUCAAGCAGUCGGAGGCGGCGCGGAGCAUUCAGAGGCGGUUCCGCACGUGGAAGCACCGCAGGGAUUUUCUACGCAUGCGCCAGCGCGUGAUCAAGAUUCAGGCGCAUGUGAAGGGGCACAUCCAGCGAGUAAAGUACAAGAAGAUGAAGUGGGGCCUGGGGAUCAUCGCCAAGGCGGUCCUGCGCUGGCGGUUCCGCCGCAACGGCGUGCGGGGGCUCCGAGCCCAGCAGGGAGAUUGCCACUCCGAUGCGGAUGGUGCGCUGUACGGGAGUGAGGGUGGGGAGGUGGGGGGUGGGGAUGGGGAGGAGAGAGAGGUGAGUCUGGCGGUGAGCCGCAUGCAGGCCAUGGCGCAUUCUGUGGAGGGUCGGGCGCAGUAUUCUAGGAUGAAACAGGCUCAGAUUGACAUGCAGCAGCAGAUUCAAUUGCAGCAGAUGCAGAUGCAACAGCAGCAGCAGCAGCAGCAGCAGCAGCAGCAGAUGCAGCAACAGCAGAUGCAGCAGCAGCAGAUGUUGAUGCAGCAGCAGGCGCAGGAGCAGCAGCAGUAUACUGGCAUGUCCAGUUUCUCUAGCCAACAGCAACAGCAGCAGCAGCAGCAAGUGCCUGACCUUUUGCAGCAAGCUCACCUGUUAACGCAGCAGCAGCAAGGGUCAGAGCAGCAAUGGAACCAGUGA